CGACCGUGCAGUGGCGCGCGCGUGAGCAAGCAGCAAGCAAGCUAAUGAGGCAGGAGGUCCAGCAACUUGACACUUGACAUUGUCCACUACCUCUCGACGUCGCCGACUGCUCGCAAUGCCAGCCCAGCAGCACCUCACCCCCGCGCCGAUGGCCUCCCGGCGGCCCAAGAACAGCAUGGCCGAGCUCCGCCUCCGCCGGCUCGUCGAGCACAACCAGCGCUUGAGGGAGGAUCUGGCGCGCCCGCGUAUCCGCGUGUCCGAGGCUAGCAUGUCCCUCAUCCACUUCUGCACGUCCACGUCCGACCCCCUCCUCCCGUCCGUGUGGGGUGAGCACAAGAAGGGCGAGGACCCGUACGCCGCCCCCGAGGAGUCGUGCUGUUCCGUCAUGUAGCGCUACUACUGUCCCGUCCGUCUCGAGUCUACUCUACCUCUAUACCCCUACCUACGGCCUACACUGCCGUGCUAAUCCUUGGGCUCUUUGUCAUGCAACGUGUGG